AUGCCUAAGAACAGCAAAGUGACGCAGCGGGAACACAGUAAUGAGCAUGUCACUGAGUCUGUGGCUGACCUGUUGGCCCAUGAGGAGCCUGUGGACUACAAGCACAGUGUCUUAAAUGUGGCUGGAGAGACCUGGGACAAGCAGAAGGAUGCUGAGGAGGACCUGGACUCUGAGAAUCGGCCAGCUUGGAACAGCAAGCUGCAAUACAUCCUUGCACAGAUUGGCUACUCUGUGGGGCUGGGGAAUGUCUGGCGGUUUCCAUACCUGUGUCAAAAAAAUGGCGGAGGUGCCUAUCUGGUCCCGUACCUAGUGCUGCUUAUCACCAUUGGGCUCCCUCUCUUCUUCCUGGAGCUGGCCGUGGGUCAGAGAAUCCGCCGGGGCAGCAUUGGAGUGUGGAACUACGUCUGCCCCAACCUGGGGGGCAUUGGAUUUGCCAGCUGUCUAGUCUGUCUUUUUGUUGGUCUCUAUUACAACGUGAUCAUUGGAUGGAGCAUCUUCUACUUCUUUAAAUCCUUUCAGUAUCCCCUGCCCUGGAGUGAGUGCCCCAUCAUUAACAAUGGCACAAUGGCCAUUGUAGAGGCAGAAUGUGAAAAGAGCUCAGCUACCACUUACUUCUGGUACCGGGAGGCCCUGGACAUUUCCAACUCCAUCUCAGAAAGUGGGGGGCUUAACUGGAAGAUGACUCUGUGCCUGUUGGCAGCCUGGAGUAUCGUGUGCUUGGCCAUGAUUAAAGGAAUCCAGUCUUCAGGGAAGGUGAUGUACUUUAGCUCCCUCUUCCCUUACGUGGUGCUGGUUUGCUUCCUGGUGCGGGGACUGCUGCUGAGGGGAGCCAUAGAUGGCAUCCUGCAUAUGUUCACUCCAAAGCUUGACAAGAUGCUGGAUCCCCAGGUAUGGCGAGAGGCAGCCACACAGGUCUUCUUCGCCUUAGGCUUGGGCUUUGGAGGAGUCAUCGCGUUUUCCAGCUACAACAAGCAGGACAAUAACUGCCACUUCGAUGCUGUGCUUGUCUCCUUCAUCAACUUCUUCACCUCUGUGCUGGCCACCCUGGUGGUCUUUGCUGUCCUGGGGUUCAAGGCUAACCUCAUGAAUGAGAAAUGUGUGGUGGAGAAUGCUGAAAAGAUCCUGGGCUACCUAAACACCAAGGUCCUGAGCCAUGACCUCAUCCCGCCCCAUGUGAACUUCUCCCAUCUCACAGCCAAGGACUACAGCGAGAUGUACAAGGUGAUCAUGACGGUGAAGGAGAAUCACUUCAAGGAGCUGAGCUUGGAUGCCUGCUUGCUGGAAGAUGAGCUCAACAAGUCAGUGCAAGGAACAGGUUUGGCCUUUAUCGCCUUCACUGAAGCAAUGACUCGCUUCCCUGCAUCUCCUUUCUGGUCCGUGAUGUUCUUCUUGAUGCUGAUCAACCUGGGGCUGGGCAGCAUGAUUGGGACCAUGGCAGGCAUCAGCACCCCUAUCAUUGACACCUUCAAGGUGCGGAAGGAAGCUUUUACAGUUGGCUGUUGCAUCUUUGCCUUCCUGGUGGGCCUCAUCUUCGUGCAGCGCUCAGGGAACUACUUUGUCACCAUGUUUGAUGACUACUCUGCCACACUCCCACUCACUGUUGUGGUAAUCCUGGAGAAUAUUGCUGUGGCUUGGAUUUACGGCACCAAAAAGUUCAUGCAGGAGCUGACGGAGAUGCUGGGCUUCCGCCCAUCCCAGUUCUACUACUACACCUGGAAAUACAUCUCUCCUAUCUGCAUGGCUGUGCUCAUGACUGCCAGCAUCAUCCAGCUGGGAGUCAACCCUCCAGGAUACAGUGCUUGGAUCAAAGAAGAGGCUUCAGAGAAGUUCCUCUAUUACCCAACAUGGGCUAUGGCCAUCCUUGUCUCUCUGAUCAUCCUGGCUACUCUCCCGCUGCCAGUGGUCUUCAUCCUUCGCCAGUUCCACCUCGUGUCGGAUGGCUCGAAUACCCUUUCUGUCACCUACAAAAAGGGCCGGAUGAUGAAGGACAUUUCCAACUUGGAAGACAACGAUGAGACCCGCUUCAUUUUGAGCAAAGUGCCCAGUGAGACCCCCUCCCCAAUGCCCACACACCGGUCCUACCUGGGCCCAGGGAGCUCUUCCCCGAUGGAGAUGAACAGUACACCUAACGGACGCUAUGGAAGCGGGUACCACUUGGCCAGCACUCCUGAAUCUGAACUGUAAUGACCACCCACCACCCUCCCAAACAGAGCCCUGGAGAGGAGGUCCCCAGGACCUGAUCCUGACCCCGAGGGCACCGAUAAAAGAAACCCAUCUUAGAAUUUUAACCAGUAAGCAGCCAUUUCCAGGGAUGACAUCAUAAAGGGAUUGUGGGAGGGAGCGGGACUUCCCUCCUGGCAACCUCCAGUCAAACAGCAGGAUGCCUUCCCAGCUGCCCUUGUGAAUAGAAAAGAAAAUGAAACAAGACACUGCAAUAAAGAACAUUUUAUAGGGAUGUUCCUACAGAGAUGCCUCCUGGAACAAGUCAAGAAUCUCUUUAUUUCCAAGCACCUGACAGUUGGAAAAGGGACACACAAUAAGGUGACAGCCAAAGAAGUUUCCUCUUCUAGCCUGGAUCUGUUUCCCCUCUGUUUAUUUUCCUUUAGGUAGGAGACGUGACAGCCUUAUUCCAGUGAGCACACCUAGCCAUCAAUGUUCAUACCACGAUGAAGAGCCAGUUCCCUCCAGGUUUGUGUUGCUGUUGUGUCUCCUGUGCUUUAAUAGCUUUGGAGAUGCCCAAAGCCUAGCAUCUGUGGACAUUUCUUACCAUGCAGGACUAAGGUGUAUCUCAAGUGGGCAAAAAUGCUUUGUAGCCAGUGGCAGAGCCUGGCUAAUCUUUGGGUGUCUUCUUCUUUGAUGCCAGUACAACAUAAUGGGAUUGUGUCAAUGAAUAACUUUGAGAUGAGGAGAUCCCCUUCUGGAUGAAGCUUUAAGUUAGCAUGCCCAUUUACAAUGCAGUGUUACUCUUCCAAAUGGCAAAAGCAGCACAAGACCUCAGAUGGAUUCAGGUGUUGUGAGAGCAUGUGCCAUGUGUGCAGGCCAGAAUCUGAACAGAGUUACCACAGAGUAGAUCUAGAGUGAUCUCCUGGGAAAUUGCAGGGUUCACAUUGGAUUCGCUCCUGAUAUGCAGCAUAUAACUGUGUGCAGGUUCCAGCCCCAAGAUUUUUAUUUUCAAUGCACUGUGUGAAAGAGAGCACUGGGAGAGUGGUGAAUAGCUUCCCCUUGCCAGACUGGCCGGAUGCUCUGCAGGGACAGGUAGCAAAACUGGGGCUAUUGGACUCCUGGUUUAGCUGUCAGGAACUAGAUCUUAUCAUUUGCCCUCGUCCUUGGUGUUAGCUGGAUAUAACUGAGGGCUGAAGGUGACCAUGUGCACCCAGCAUCUAUUUACAAGGCCCAGGUAUCCUCAGCCAAGGGUCCAAAUUCCUCCCUGGUAUGUUCCCAUAGACAUCAGUGCCCUUAUGCCAGGGGUGUAUUUGGUUCUGGGGGCCAUGCCUUGUUUCAGGAAGAUGGAGCUUGGCAUCACAUGUUGUGGAGUCUCCUUUCAGUUAACACUAGAUUUUCACAGCUCUAAUUGGCUUCUGUGCCUGACCAGUGGGUCUCUUGUUUGACCCAGUCCUGUCACAACCAUCCAUGGGUUUUGGGAGCUGUAUGAGAGAGUUAUGCUGGGUACUCCCAGCUCCAUCUAAGAGGUUAGGACCUGGUCCAGGUAGAGGGAGGGAGCAUCACUACCCCACAUCCAUUUGUGAGUGUCUAGAGGAGCCGUGAGUGUGACAGAUCCUGCUUCUUAUGUCCCUCUGGGGCAGGGGAAGAAGUUGUCAUCUCACAUAUUGCUACAAUCUGAGCAACUCGCUGAGACCUUGCUCUUGCACUUAAAGCCAAUGCCAUAGACUCUCAUCCCGGGGUCCAGGCCACUGAUCUUAUUUUGACCUUGCAGAGGCUGAGAGGCUGUAUCCUCUCUCUGCUUCUCCUUUCCCCUGUCCCAUCUCUCUUGGUUAAAUACAGGCAGGCUAAAGACUGGUAAAAAUCUCUUGAGCCUUUUGUUGUGCUAUUGGUUUCCAUGAGCAGCCUUUUCUCUUUCUGUCUCCAUCUCUGCAGCUUCCCUUAUGCAGCCAGCAAAGUUUUACAUACCAUAUUUUACUGGCAUAUCACAUGCACCUUUCCCCAAAAAAUUAGCCUUCCAAAAUUGGGGUGCAUGUCUUGAGUGGGGAAGCUGAUUUUCUGCCCCACAUAGAAGCACCUUGCUUUGAUUCUGUGUCCACCCAAAGUUUAAAAGCAACUUCCCAGCAGCAGCAGUGCCAUUUCUAUUGAGGCAGCCAAGGGAGGCUGUUGACUUAAUGGUUCCCUGCUCUUUACUCCACAGGUGCUAAUGACUGCCUCUUCUUUGCAAUAGACUUGAUUUUCUACUAAUCAAGCUAACUUUUGUUCUGGCAAUUUUGCUGUCUGCUAGCUGCUCCUGGUCUCUCGUGUCCUAUUUCACAGCCCUACAGACUGUUUUACCUCCUUUCAAAUUUGUAGAUCUGCCCAUUGAGACCAGUCUUUAGCAGCAGCUACUGUUUCAUCUUCCCGCUGAGUAGGAAAGGGAAGGUGAGUGAGCUGAAGAUUAGGCUUCUCAUCUGCUCUGUGUGGCCAUAACUCUAGCAUUUUUUCCCUUCCUUCUGCCUCCCGACCAAAAAAGAUGUAUGUCUUUAUUUGGGGGCAUGUGAUAUGUAAGAAAAUACAGUAACCCCUCUUUUCUCCUUCUGCUGCAUCUGCUAACUGAGAUUUCUGUAAGUACUUUAACUCAGGCCCUCAGUAGCCAUUUCACAGAUAGGCAAAAUGAGGCACAGACUUGGCAAAGGGUGCCAUGUGAACCACUGGGAAGAGAACUGUGGCAUCUGGGUCCCAACCAUUGUCUGUGAACAGCAGGUCUCCAUGCCUCAGCCAUUGAAGGCCUUUCAUGUGAGGUCACAGCAUCCAGAAGGAAGGGUCCCACUCUUAAAAUGUUUCUGAGUUAAAUUCAGUGAUGUCAUGCUUUAAUGUCUUUGCCUCAAUUUGGAAUGCAAUACUUCUGCAAGAAUGAGUGGUGACAAACCCAAUAGCCUCUCUUCUUCCACUCUUACCUGUGCCCACCAUUUGUGAUAGCCUUUUCAAUCCCAUUUUUAGUGGAAGUCUAGCCAGUUGGCUGCAGUGGGCAGCUGCUUACAGCAGAGCUGAAUGUAGGCUGCCCGGUGUGGCAUGUGGACCAAUUCUGAUCUGAGACUGAUUCAAUCCUGGCUACACUUCACAGAUGCCAGGGAGAUGCUCCUGCUCAGCAUGGGUAUAGACAAGUUCUGCACUGGAUUCAGUGAGCCUGGGCCCCUGCCAUGUUUCUCUGUUGACUUCAACUGAGUUAUUCCAGUUGAUGCCAGCUGAGGAGCUGACCCCAGGAGCCUGAGCCAUGUUCACUUUGCAUAUGCGGAUGGCCAAGUUGGUGCUAGUUGCCCAGUUUUGCCAGGUAUAGCCUAAGUUGGUUCUUCAUCACUCUGGUGAUGAUUUUUCCCUCACUCAUCCAAGUGUCAGUGAGGAGCAACUCUGCUAUAAUCACUACCCUGGUCUGGUGUGGUCAAAGGAAAUCGGGGUCCGUGAUCUGAUCUGUAAAACUGAGCUAAUGAUUCACUCCUCCUCUGUAAGGCAUUUUGAGGCUUUCUGCUGAAAAGUGCUUAUAUAAUGAAGUGUUAUCUAGCAAAGCAGCAUUUGAACUCCAGGUGGAGCAGACUGCUUUGUGGUUUCAUGGGAGCAUCAGUGCUUUGCACCAGCUGGGCUCUGUUCCCUAUUCUGCUAUUGUUUAUACUGGGAACAUCCCAUGGCCUUACCCUGUUAUCCCCGCGUGAUGCAAAGGAGAGGCAGGGGUAGAACUGGGCCAAUCACACAAAGAAACCUGAAUGGAUCCUGGGCCUUGAUUGAUUUGUAAAUGACUUUUCUGAUCCCAAUACUUUGGGCAAGAGGAAGUGUUGUGGAAGGAAGCAGAGCCACGGAAUGUCUGAGAGGGUUGGAGAGAGCAGGGCAGUGUCGCUGGUUGUGCAGUGGAGGCCUGUCUGCCUCCGGCCACCUUGGGAGCUGUGCAGACAGCUUCUGGGGGGAGAGUGAGGCACGUGCAGCCAGGGUCAAAUCUGUUCUUCUUUUUCUCUAGUCUCCCCCCAUCUCCCUGCCCAUCUUCUCCUUCUGUUUCCAUCUGCUUGUGCUUUUCUUCCCCUCUCUACACAAGAGCAGAGGAGUCACUCCACACCAUUACACCAUGUGUCCACCUGGACCAGUCUCCCCUCUUCCAGAGUGGCCCGCACCAGCUGUUUCCAAGGGGGAAGGAGGGAUGUAAGGUAUCUCCUCAUGGUCAAUCAUGAAAUAACCUGCCCAUAUCAGGAAUUAGCAAGGCUUUCCCUUAUUUCUAAUUCUGUCCAUCUGUCUCUCUUUUCCCCUAGUGGGCCUUUCUCUCUCUGUGGACCCCAUCAUGGGGUUCCAGGCCAAGCAAGCCAGGAGUUAUCACAGAAGCACAAACUUGAAGUCCAACAUAGAUGUCCCAGUGUGGGUCUGCAUAUCUGCUAGGGCAGGUCCCCAGUUGAUGUAAAAUCACAUAAUUCUAGAUGCUUUGAUGGGGGUUAUACUCAUUUAUUCCAGUUGGGGAUCUAGCCCAUAAUCUCUUGAACCAUGUUUUUGAGCCAGCAGUGAGUCUUUUCAUUUCCCCCUCCUUCUCUUGAUAGUUUGGAAGCAACGGUGAUAGACAAGUGAAGAAAAGCUAUAUUAUAUAUAUAUAGAAUAAUAAUCUAUAGAUUCUAUUUCUAUUGUAUAUUUACUCUGUAAAUAUUGGUGUAAAUUCUGUUAAAUGACAAACAUAUUCAAAAGUGACCCGUGAACUAUUUUCAUUCUCAGUGCUGUACAGAUCUAUUUUCAUUGUAUAUUUGAUAUAUUUAUAAUUUUACUUUAUUUUUUUUAGUGUGUGAUUGGUGACUGCCCCCCUGCCAAGCCGCUCCCAGGAGUGGGGCUACAAGGGGGCCGCUGCCUUCAUUUAAUCUGUGGAAGUUCAGUAUUGCUUUGUGACAUUUGCUAGGUAUUAGGUUCCAGGGUGGGAUUUAAGUGUUAGGUGCUGUUUGCAGUCUGUGUGUACGUGCGUGCGUGCAUUAGGGUUAGUACAUGCUACGUGUGUUUGUAUGUGUUUUGUUAGGACUGACUUUUGCUGUUCUUCAGUCACUUCAGGGUCUCUCUUUAGUUUCUGUUGGCCACCAAUGCAUUCAAUUAUAUAGCAGUGAAUGUGGCUGGGGGAGGAUUCACAAAACUUGUCUGAUAGCUGUUCCCUCUGUCGGGCAGGGAGAGGGUUAAUGCUAAUCCACUGCAGGGUUUUAUGCUGCCAGUCACUUCUGUUGAUCUCUCAUAGACAUGAGGAGGAGCCAAUGUUACAGUCACACGCACCUUCUUUCUUUGUAAUUACAAAAUAACGAUGUCACUGUACCUGCCACCCUUGGGGCUCCUGGUUCAUCCCCACCCUGACUUGCAUUGUUGGGAAGCUUCGGUGUCCUUGAUUUUUAUCGCAAGCAGCUGCUGAAUAGACCAGUAGGAGAGACAGCAAUGUGACACAUUAACCACUGUUGUUAGCUAGGCUGAAACGCUCUAGAAUUAGCACUGUGGGAUGGAGCCAUUAUUGAGGAUCAAGGACCAAUAUGGGUUAUUCUCAAAAGAUUCCCCCAUCUCUCUUUGUGGGAGCCCUUAGCUGCUACUUCACCAGCCUGCUUCAGUGAGGCUGGUUUAUUAUAGCACAGGAUGCAAACUAAGCAAGCACAACAGCCAGAAGGAAGCGCUGCCUUUCCAAGUCCUGUCCAGAGACAUGGCCCAGCUUGGGGCCACACAGCAGUGUCCCUGCUUGCACUCACAUCCCCUGGGUGCUGCAUGAAGUCUCCGCCCAGCCCUGGGAGCAAAGCCAGAUGAAUGAGUGCAUUUCAUAGGUCCCGGGCCAUCAGUCUGCCUUAAGACUGAAAAAACAAAAGGACAGCACACGUCCCUGCCCCAGUGCAGACAGAUCAUGCUCAGGGACCUGGAACGGCAGCCCAAGCCAGGAGGCAGUGUUAGGGAAAGGCUUCAGUGAAGACCACAGAGGCCUUGCUUAGCAAGCACUGCAAGCUUAACUCGGCCUUCUCCUUGUGCACUGCAGCGGGCUUGGACAGUUUUAUUCAUCACACACGAGCCCUUAGAUCAACCUGGGUGCAGGGGAAGGGGCAGCUGUAGCAGGUUGCUUCUGCCAUAGUACACAAGGUCCCGGCCCACAGAUGCAGACACCCUAUGGUUUUGCUGUUGCUCAGGACUGGAUGCUUUGCACAGCUCAUCUAUAGGGGUGGAAUCAGAGGUCUCUGGCCUAAAAGCAUCCAUCUGUACUGCAUAAGGUAGAAGGCCAGUAGAAGCAGAACUGUGAGCAGGGGCUCAUAGGGUGAGUUUAACUGUCUUGAGGUAUGCUCAGGAUCUGAAUCCAGAUCCCUGGACCACACCUGCAGCUGGUGGGAAGCAGUGUGGCUGCACUGAGUACACUGGCUUAUACCCCCUAAAGAUCUCCCCCCCCCCCAUUUUUAUGGGGCAUGGAGGUAAUGCUCCAUGCCCACCUUGAUCUAAGCCAGGGCUGUUUGACUUUUGGGUGGCGGAGGGCUGCACGCUGUAUAGGUCCCCUAGGAGUCCCUGCCAUUGCCCCCCCCACCAAGCCCCUUGGGGGCUUGCCUGCUUCCUGGGCCAUGCUGCCCGGGGGGCAGGGAGCAGAAGCUUGAGGGGGAGAGGGAGCCUGGAGACUCCAGCAGCAGCAGAGCGGUGUGGGGACCAGCACCUGGACCAGGACCCCCUGGGCCUCAAGUGAACCCCUCUCCUGCAGCCUGUGGGCUGUGAGUUGGACAGAUCUGAUCCAAGCCAUCGCAGACUGGAGGAAGGGGAAGCUCAAAUCCAAGCCUCAGGUUUCAGUGGGGGCCAAUCCAGAUCAGGGAGUUUUGGCAACUUGCAUUGGAAAGAGGCUUGGCUUUUCCUCCUCGUUUCACUGCAUAAACUGUUGGCAGGACAUGGUUCCAUAGUAAUCUCAUUAUGCAGUUGGCUCGCUGUGCGGUGGGUAAUGGCUUCCAGCAAUACAUUCCCUUGGACAAUGCUUUUAGUAACAUGCUAUAGAUAAACACUGUUUUUGUCGAUGCCUGUAAAUGACUUAAUAUGUGGUGUGGAGUCCUCUGGAGAUGGCGCAACCUGGAUGCCAUCCCUGGCUGAGGAUGGGAAGAGCCAGCCUCCACGUCGCCCCUUAACGGCCUCGUGCAGUAUUACUAAGUAGAGUCAGCCUCUGGUCCAUUAGCAGGAAAGGACCUGGCGGGUAUCUGGUGAGUCAGCUUGGCUCUUGGCUGAGCCUGCAGGCUCCUGUUUUGCUUGGGUCAUUUAUCCUGGUGCUGAAUCGCGCUGUCCGGUGGAGUUUGCUCUUUGGAUGUUAUCUCUGCACCCCCCUGCAUUUUAUACUGCCUGGGGGAGCAUUGUCAGCAUCAGCAGAGAUGCCCUCAGCAGACGUGGUGAGAUGGACAGCCCAGGAGAGUCCUCGGGAAGGACCACUGGGGCUGUCUAGCUCACCCGUGCAGAGGUGAGAUAUCUGCCACCCUGGCAGUCUGAGCUACUUCUCUGGUUGGAGACUUCCUGCUCUGCUCCUUGUUCAGUUCGGUGAGAUUCAGGGAGAGGCCAUUGGAACAACGUGCCAUGGGUGCUGUUGCACAGCCAGCAGUCACUGCGCCGGGCACCUGAUGCAAAGGCCUGAUCUGAAGACGAGGGGUGUCUUUGGGAGUCUUUCCAUUGACGACCACAAGCUGCUGUGGCUCAUUUCUAAGCGCAGCACCUCCCUAAAGGAGAGGAGAUGCUGCGGUACUGUGGGGUGAUGCCCACAGAGGUUUGAAUGGUGAUUAAUGCUCAUCCUUCUCUGAGCCACAUUUGGGGACCUGGGAAAGUCAAGACAAAGACUCCCAUUGACUUCUGAGGACUUUAGAUCAGGCCACAAAGGAGCAGAAACAAGGACCAGGACUAGGGAAGGAAGCAGACUCCAUCUUUGCCUCGGGUGCCAGGGCUCUGAGGGCAAACCCUGAGGAGCAAGGCCUUUGUGCCAGGGCUCGUGGCAUGAGCGGGAGCAGAAAACUAAUACCCGCUGUGGGUGUGGUAUGUGGUGGGAGCAGCCCCACUAGAACGCAAUGAUCGGGGAAGCACAUAUCUGAUGAAACCCUCCUGUACAGGUCAAAGCACAGCACUUGUAGUAGCUUGUCUGUGUAUCACAUAGCCAGUGUAUUUAUGAUGUGCACCCUGUGCCGGCAGGACAGUUCGGCAGUGUGAAAGAACUACUGUAACAACGUCCAAUUAAAAGUUUCUUCUUACCAA